AUGGCAGAGGUUCUGACACCACCUCUAUCCAGUGGCGAUGAGAAGGGUGACGAGAAGGCUUGCAAAUCUUCCCUGGAGAAUUCCCAAAAUGAUUCACUGGAGUCGAUAGAACGGAUCAGAGAGGUCGAUCCGGACAUUGAGAAAAGAGUUGUACGCAAGUGUGACUGGUGGGUUGUACCUGCCCCGACAGUCAUGUUCAUGCUUUCUUUCAUUGAUCGCGUCAACAUCGCGAAUGCCAGGAUCGAAGGUAUGCUGACGGACCUCCACAUGGUCAAACACGACUACAACAUCGCUCUCUUCAUCGUCUUCAUCCCGUUCAUGCUUUGUGAGACUCCAAGCAAUAUGGUUUUGAAGCGCAUCACUCCUCGCGUCUGGUUGAGUUUCUUGCUAUUCGGCUGCGGGCUUAUGGCUAUAUGCCAAGGUGUAACCAAGUCUUUCAGCGGCUUAGUUGUCUGCCGGUUCAUCCUUGGGAUCUUUGAAGCUGGUAUCUCUCCUGGAAGCAUCCUCCUCAUCACGAUGUACUACCGUCGCGAAGAGCUACCUCGCAGAAUCUGCUGGUGGUAUAUGUCUGGAACCAUAGCAGGCGCUUUUGGUGGUUUGCUUGCAUAUGCUUUGGCAAACAUGAGUGGCGUCAGAGGAUACGGUGGAUGGAGAUGGAUAUUCAUCAUCGAGGGAUGUGUCACUGUCGGUAUGAGUAUCAUCAUGUAUUGGUGGCUCGCAGACUGGCCAGCAGACUGUCGAUUCUUGACUCCAGAUGAGCACAAGGUUCUUAUGUGGCGUUUGAUGGAUGACAACGAAGGCGAAGCCAAGAUGGACCGUGUGAACUGGUCCAGAUGUGCGAGAGACUGGAAGGUCUGGGUUGCGACCGCAAUGUACUUUGGCAUUGUGGCUCUCAACUACUCAACCAACAACUUCAACCCCACGCUUCUGAAGGAGCUUGGCUACACUUCUGCAGCGGCUCAGAUCCACUCGAUACCUUUGUAUGUUGUCGCCAGUGCCUUCUGUCUUGGAUCGUGCUACCUCUCGGCAUAUGUCAACAACCGUUUCUGGCCAUUGCAGUUCGGAGUGCUCCUGGGCAGCGUGGGUUUCAUUGUGCUUCUCGCUCAGAGAUCACCUGCGAUUGGACCUGGUGUCACAUACAUGGCGCUUUUCUUCAUCACCAGUGCCGGGUAUAUUGUUCAGCCUAUGGUCGUGUCAUGGGUCAUGAAUAAUGCCUCCGGACAUUACAAGAGAGCGUUCACCUCAGGUACCAUGAUCGGCUUAGGGAAUGCCGGUGGGCUGGUAUCUAGCAACGUCUUUUUCCAGGAAGAGGCACCAUACUAUCCAACCGGAUACGGGACAUCAUUGGCGUUGUUGAUCUUGACAAGCGUGGCAGCAGUAGUGUUCUACUUCGGGCUCAAGAGCGAGAACGCCAAAAGAGACGCUGGCAAGCGUGACGAUCGGCUUCGGCUGCCAGAUGCUGACAACCUUGGAGACGACCAUCCCUCUUUCCACUUUAGCUUCUGA